AUGUACGGCAAAGGCAAGAGCAACAGCAGCGUCCCGUCCGACAGCCAGGCCAGGGAGAAAUUAGCACUGUACGUAUAUGAAUAUCUGCUCCAUGUAGGAGCACAGAAAUCAGCCCAGACAUUUUUAUCAGAGAUAAGAUGGGAAAAAAACAUCACACUAGGGGAGCCCCCAGGAUUCUUGCAUUCCUGGUGGUGUGUAUUUUGGGAUCUCUACUGUGCAGCUCCAGAAAGACGAGAAACAUGUGAACAUUCAAGUGAAGCAAAAGCCUUUCAUGACUAUAGUGCUGCAGCAGCUCCCAGUCCAGUGCUAGGAAACAUUCCCCAAGGAGAUGGCAUGCCAGUAGGUCCUGUACCACCGGGUUUUUUUCAGCCUUUCAUGUCCUCUCGAUACCCUGGAGGUCCAAGGCCACCUUUAAGAAUACCCAAUCAGGCACUUGGAGGUGUCCCAGGAAGUCAGCCAUUAUUGCCUAGUGGGAUGGACCCAACACGGCAGCAAGGGCAUCCAAACAUGGGUGGGCCAAUGCAGAGAAUGACUCCCCCAAGAGGAAUGGUUCCUUUAGGACCACAGUCUGACCCUUGGUUAUCAUUGCAGAACUAUGGAGGUGCAAUGAGACCCCCGCUGAAUGCUUUAGGUGGCCCGGGAAUGCCUGGAAUGAACAUGGGUCCAGGCGGUGGUAGACCUUGGCCAAACCCAACCAGUGCCAAUUCUAUACCUUAUUCUUCAGCAUCUCCUGGGAACUAUGUAGGUCCUCCAGGAGGUGGAGGGCCACCAGGAACACCUAUCAUGCCUAGUCCAGCAGAUUCAACCAACUCUGGAGACAACAUGUACACUUUAAUGAAUGCAGUACCACCUGGACCCAACAGACCUAAUUUUCCAAUGGGGCCAGGGUCAGAUGGACCUAUGAGUGGACUGGGUGGAAUGGAUUCACAUCAUAUGAAUGGAUCAUUAGGCUCAGGAGACAUGGACAGUAUUUCCAAAAACUCUCCCAGUAAUAUGAGCAUGAGUAAUCAGCCUGGCACUCCCAGGGAUGACGGUGAGAUGAGUGGAAACUUCCUAAACCCUUUUCAGAGUGAGAGCUACUCCCCUAGCAUGACAAUGAGUGUGUGAUCUGUUACCAAGUCUCCUCAUGAAGACCACAGUGAGUUGGCUCUCUUCAGAGAGCUACUACAGAAGAAAAUUAUUUGUCCCAGUGUACAGUUUAACAAAAGAAUCUCAGACACAAUCAGAACCAACAUUUUUUUCCUACCAUCUCCCCAGUUUUGUCAAGAAAUUGGGUCCCAAACAUGAUUGAGACAACAGUAGAGUGGCGUAACAGAGUUGCCCAAGAUGGAACUGCAAACAAUUAUCUGUCUAUGUAAAUAUAUGCGUUAAUGUAUAUGUAUGUGUGUGUGUGAUGUAGAAAUACACACAUACAUAUACAAAUCUGCAAGACGUAAAAUAUUGUCACAUGACAUCUUAAGUAGAAAUGAGUAGGGACUUUUAUUCCAUCUUUUUUUUCAUGCUUACAUUUUAAUUAUUAAAGUUUGCUUUCCUUCUUCCCUCCUGAACUAUGUUGCAUAUAUCACUGCUUUAUAAAUUAUAUUUAAGGUGAACUCAAAUGAUAAAUUCUUCUGAUUUUGUAAA